ACCUUGCUCUACGCAUUUCUUGCUUCCAUCUAGUCUUUUUCCCUAGUCCUAAGUUCUAACAAUGACCAAUUCAGUGAGGAUGGUUCUGAUGUUUCUUGUUCUCAUUCUAGUAACCAAUGUCUCAGCUGCAUACAAUGCUUGCCCUAAAUGUGGAAGUGUUGAAGUUCCAUACCCACUUAGCACUGAUGAUAACUGUGGAGACUCUAGGUAUAGAGUCUACUGCAACAAUGGCAUUCUCGAGUUCUUAUCUGCACGAGGGUUUUACUACAAGAUCCUCAGCAUCAACCCUAGUGCUUAUAAACUCAUUAUAAGCCCACCCUCAAUACAGGAAAACACAUGUUAUUCUUCUGAUUUCACUUCAGAAGGCUUAAGACUUGACGAUAACUUGCCCUUCAACAUCUCUACUCACAACACUGUGAUGCUGCUGAACUGCACUGCAGCCCUGCUCAGGUCUCCUCUCAACUGUUCCUCAAACAGCAUUUGUAGGCAGUUUGAGGAGAAGGUGGAGGAGGGAAGUGGGUGUAUAAAUACCCUUUGCUGCCAUUUCUUGAAAGAUUCUUCCAUGACCUCACAUAUGAUUAGGGUCAGGGCUGGAGGGUGUACUGCUUAUACCUCUGUAGUGGAUAUGAAGCCUGGAGCUUCUUUUGAUUCUUGGAACUAUGGCAUUGAGCUGCAAUGGAUACCCGCCAACUGAUAUGGUUGAAGAUCAUAAUGGUAUGAACUAUGAAGAGAGUGAUAAAUGGCUUUGUAAUUUGCCUGAUAAAAUAACAGUGUUCUGGUAAUUUUAAUAUUUGUUGCUUUUAUGGUAGAAGUGGGCCAGUGUUCUAUUGUUAGAUUUUGUGCAUCAUGAUUGGCCACAAGCCACAUCGAAGCAGAAAAUCUACCGUUGGAGAAUUAAAAACCUAUAGCUAGUA